AUGCGACUACUUAAUACUCGCAGCCUGGAGCUCGAGUUCUUUGCGGGCGGGGACAUACCACCCUAUGCCAUCCUAUCGCAUACGUGGGAGCCUGGCGAGGUUACUUUCCAGGAACUGCAAGGCAACUUUUACAAUGCGUCCUCGCAAGGAUGGGUCAAGAUUCGACGGAGCGCACAGCUGGCGGCCGCGCAGGAGCUCGCUUACAUAUGGAUUGACACCUGCUGCAUCGACAAGUCCAGCAGCGCAGAGCUCUCCGAGGCCAUCAACUCCAUGUUUCAGUGGUACGAAAUGGCCGCCGUCUGCUACGUCUAUCUCUCUGAUGUGGUCGCGGGUCAGGACCCCGUAGAUUUUGCUGCCAGCAGCGGUCGAGGCAGCAGUCGCUGGUUUAGCAGAGGCUGGACGCUGCAGGAGCUCAUUGCCCCGCGCCAAGUCGAGUUCUACAAUGGCGACUGGCAGGGCAUGGGAACGCGGGCCGCUUUGAGCUCGGCCAUUCGUGCCGUGACUGGCAUCCCGGCGGACAUUCUGUCCUUUUCGCCCACGACCGCUACCGCAAGCGUCUCGCGCUUGUUGGAGCUCACGUCCGUUGCCGAGCGGAUGAGCUGGGCGGCGAAGCGCGUGACGACGCGCGAGGAGGACACGGCCUACAGCCUCCUGGGGCUCUUUGACAUCAACAUGCCGCUUCUCUACGGCGAAGGCCGCGCCAAGGCAUUUCGGCGUCUCCAGGAAGAAAUAAUUCGCGCCACCGACGACGAGUCCAUCUUUGUCUGGCGCCUCGACGAGGAGCCACCCGCCAGCAACCCAUUCUGCGGGCUCCUCGCCGACGGCCCGGAGCGGUUCGGGCUCUUCACCGAUCUCGUGCCGCGGCGCUCGCGUUACCUGUCCACCAAGUCGAAGCGCAGUACGAGCAUCGUCUCGCGGCUCGGCGUGCAGAUUGAUCUGCCACUGACGCCGUUCCCCUGCGACGCGUCGGGAACCAUCUUCCUGGCGCUGCUGGCGUGCGACAUGCGGCGCGACGCCACCGAGGCGCUAUUCACGCCGGCGAUCCUGCUGCAGCGCACCGCGCACGCCGACGAGACGCGGUUUGUGCGCGUGCGCGCGGAUCUCGUCCCGCUGUGCAUGAUGAGCCGCGUCGUGGCGCCGCGGAAGCUGACGAGCCUCAUCACGGAGCUGCAGAGGCGGCAGAUGCCCGACGACGGCAUCCACAAGGAGGACUACUAUGUCGGGAAUAUCGUGUUCAAGACGGUAAAGCCCAUGAGCAUCUUUGUGCCGACGACGCUCGCGCCGUCGCUAACGCCCAACGGCAUAUUGCUGUUUCCGGAGCUGCAGGACGAGGGAGGAGGCUCGGGGAGGGCGACCGCGGUCAGGGUGGCGUCGCGGUCGCCGACGUGGCACGUCUUCUCGGAGAACAUUGACUGCUACGAGGUCAACUUCCGCGUCAACCCCGUGCCGGCCGUCGAGAACAUGACGGGCCCGGUGGUGUGCGGCGCGGUGGAGCUGCUGCUGGAUCACGACUCGCCGCUCGCGGGCCUUGGCGGUCCGCUCGCGGGUAUGGUCGGCGGAAGAGCCAAGAAGGCGACGCGCGUGUGUCUGGUGGCCGGGCUGGAGCCGCUGCCGGCGAACCCGUUUGGCACGCCGGGGCUGUAUGCGGUGCCGUGGCACGCGUUUGAGGAGCCGAGCAAGGUGGAGAGCGGAGAUCUGGAUGGCGUCAAGGACAAGAACACGAGGGCGCUGGAGCUGAUGCAACCGUAUGGGGUGAGGGUGGAAUUCGGGUUCAUAGUGCGGUACUCGUGGUUGUUUUAUCACUUGCAGCUGAUGCGGUGCUAG